UUAACAUAAUAUUCGUCAAAAGCCGUAGAACGGAAAAAACAGCUUUUAUGGGUUCUCCUCUCGGAAAAGCCCGUUAAUGGCAGAGCGUUGAGAAGAAGCUAAAAUUUACCAUUACGAGUUAAGAACACAGUAAAACAAUUUUUGCACAGAUCUCCAGAAACCCAUAUAUACCUCUUAAAAUGGCUCAAAGAACAGUUACAAUUCUAAAGAAACUCUUCUCCGAUACCCCUCCUCAUCUCCGAUCAUGCCUACGCUCCAUAACCUACAUGCCGCGACCCGGACGCGGCGGCUCGAUACCCGUUAACCCUAUUACCGGAGAGGGUAUUCCAAGACUCGUUACUCUAAUCCCAGGCGAUGGGAUCGGCCCUUUGGUGACCGGCGCCGUUGAACAGGUCUUCGAGGCAAUGCGUGCGCCGGUUACCUUCGAGAAAUUUGAAGUUCAUGGCGACAUGAACACGAUACCCGAUGAUGUUAUGGCUUCGAUCAAGAAGAAUCGAGUUUGUUUGAAGGGCGGAUUGAUUACGCCGGUGGGCGGAGGGGUUAAUUCGUUGAAUCUUCUGUUGAGGAGAGAACUAGAUUUGUAUGUCUCGCUUGUGAGCUGUUUUAAUUUACCUGGGUUGCCUUCGAGGCAUGAAAACGUCGAUAUCGUGGUGAUCAGGGAGAACACGGAGGGGGAGUAUUCGGGUUUGGAGCAUGAAGUUGUUCCUGGUGUCGUUGAAAGUCUUAAGGUGAUAACAAAGUUCUGCUCUGAACGCAUAGCACAGUAUGCUUUUGAGUAUGCUCACCUCAACAACAGAAAGACUGUAACAGCUGUUCAUAAAGCAAACAUCAUGAAGCUUGCAGAUGGUCUUUUCUUGGAAUCUUGUAGGGAGAUUGCUAAAAGAUAUCCCAACAUCAAAUACAACGAAAUCAUUGUUGAUAAUUGCUGCAUGCAACUUGUUUCAAAGCCUGAGCAAUUCGAUGUCAUGGUGACUCCUAACCUUUAUGGCAACCUAGUUGCAAACACUGCUGCUGGAAUUGCUGGUGGGACAGGUGUCAUGCCAGGGGGAAAUGUUGGAACUGAGUAUGCAAUCUUUGAGCAAGGUGCAUCAGCUGGGAAUGUUGGGAAACCAAAAAUUGUUGAGAAGAAGAGAGCAAACCCUGUGGCUUUAUUCCUCUCAUCAGCCAUGAUGCUCAGACACCUUCAGCUUCCUGAUUAUGCAGAUCGCCUUGAAAAUGCAGUGAAACGUGUCAUUUUUGAGGGGAAAUAUCGCACAAAAGAUCUUGGAGGAAGUAGCACAACACAAGAAGUUGCUGAUGCAGUCAUAUCAGCACUCGAAUGACUCGAAUAUUGAGAGAGUAAUUUUCCAUUUUUGCCACUUUGAUUUUGUUAUCAUUCUUUACACAUCGGUUUUAGACUUUUAGUUUGAAUAAGUCGAUCCAUGAAGUGUGAUCUGUAAAGAGAAAUGAUCGGUUUUUGUCUUUGGUAAUUGGUAUUGAUGAUGGUUGUACAAAUCUUCACUUAGGUUGCUUUUUAAGCUUUC